UGACAAGUGCAAUUAAUUUGCAAAUUCGAAGAUUGCUCAUUGCUGGUUGAACAUCAAAGUUUUGAAUAUUUUCACAUAUUUUCUUCUGUAAAUAAACAAAAUUUAUUGUGAAGAUGUCGACCGAAGACUCGCCGAUAAAAUUGUCGAGGUCUCCAACUAAAAUAGAGACCGUGGAGGACUUCGAAAGUCAAGAUACUCUACUAAAACAUGUUGAUAUAUCGAUUGUGGAGUCGGAGAAACGCGCUAACGGAACGUUGCAUGUGCGAGAUCAUUACACUGUUUACUUGAUUGAUUUGAAAGUGACAGAUCCAGAUUACAAAAUGGUCCAGUCAAAGAUAAGCACAAUAUGGAGAAGAUACACAGAGUUUGAACAGAUACAUGAUUAUCUACAAGUUACGUAUCCACAUGUUGUCAUUCCUCCACUGCCAGAGAAAAGGGUACUAUACGCAUGGCGUAAAUCGGAUACAACUGAUCCAGAGUUCGUAGAGAGGAGACGGGCAGGGCUGGAGAACUUCCUCCUGCGUGUUGCAUCUCACCCACGGCUGUGCUUCGACGACCAGUUCAUCAAUUUUCUACAGCAGGAGCAUGGCUGGAGAGAGACUAUCACAGAUAGUGGAUACCUACUGCAAGCUGAGAACAAACUAAAGUCACUGUCAGUGUCCAUCAGACUCAAGAAGCCAGAUGCAGAAAUUGAAGGUGUGAAAACUUACGGCAAACAACUGGAAACCAAUUUAGGAAAUUUCUUAUACACAAGAUCAAAAAUAAUAGAGAAGAACUAUGCAUUGUGCAAACUGCAUGCGAAUUAUGGAAAGCUGUUUAGUGAAUGGAGUGUCAUUGAGAAGGAAAUGGGCGAUGGAUUGCAGAAAGCUGGACAUUAUUUUGAUUCAAUAGCAGAUUCUAUAGAAUCAGUGGCGGAAGACGAGGAACAGUUGGCAGAUCAGCUCAAGGAGUAUCUGUUCUACGCGGCCGCGCUGCAGCAGCUGUGCGCCAACCACGAGGCGCUGCAGCGGGCGCUGGAGAAUGCGCACGACGCGCUCAACAACCGGAUAGCGGAGCGCAACCGCGCGGCGGCGGGCAAGUCGGGGCUGAUGUCGCGACUGUUCGGCACCACCGACCCCGACAUCGUGCGCGACCAGAGCACGCGCGCGCUCGACGCCAAGAUACUCGCCGACAGGGACAACAUCGAGAAAGCUAAGCGGGAUCUGGAGGAUUUCACAAGAAAGACUUCUGUGGAAAUCGAAUAUUUCCAAAAGCAAAAAGACAAGGACUUGCACGAAUCACUCGUCGGUUUCAUCACUCUACAAGUCAAAGCCGCGAAAAAGAACUUGCAAGCGUGGACACAAAUCAAGGAAUGCCUUCAGAACAUGCCUUGAACGGUCAAAAUAAACAGCUGAACACCAAAUUACCUGCAAAUGUUUGUAUGAUUGCCAUUGAUAUAUAAAACCAGAGAUAUACAAAAUGGCUUAAUCAUCCAUCAUCAUGCAAAUUUAUACUUUUACAUUUCCAAUGUAAAUAGUUUAGUUUUUCGUUUUGUAUUGGAAUACUAAAUGUAAAACAGCUAUUUGUAAUUUUUUUUAAUAAUUCUUCAAAAAAACAUCUCUAACGUUGGAUCGAUAAUAAUGUUAGAAAUUAUAUUAUUAUAGCAUAGGUACAUUCCAAAAGCUAUUUUGUAUUUAGUGAAUAGAAGAUUUAUAGUAUUUGAUAUAUAAUUCAAAAUGCCUGAUUAUAUAAAAAAAAUAAUAAAUAUAUAAAAUGCUUGAUAAAAUACAAAAUUAUUUAUAGUAUUUGAUAUAAAAUAAUAAUAAAUUAAAGCCACAAAUCACAUAUCUGUGUAAACCCUUCGAGAUUUGUAAGAAAUUAUUUUUUAUUAUAACCAAGUUUAAUUAGGGCUUUAUACAUAGUUUAGAAGUAAACAUACAAUGUUUUUUUGUGAAAUACAAGAGAGCUUUCGCUUGUUUGGCCUUAUGUGUGUAUCUUCGAGUUUUAUAUAUCAAUGAUUAUUACCUACUAUUUAAGGGCAUCAACACGUUUUUAUAUUAUCACCUUUUUGAAUAGAUACUGCCUAUAUUGUGGAAUUUUAAAUACUUUCGUUUUGGCUAUACAUAUUAUAAGUAGAAAUGUGAACAAAUUUGAGAUAUUUAAGCUUUUUUCCGUCUACUUCAAUGAUAAUUUUGCUCCGUGUUGCUUUAUAUUUUAAAUUCGUUUCCCGAUUUGGAUUAUUUUAGGGUUUAAUAUUUUUUUAAAUUGACCAGGGUCUGGUUUGGUAUUAAUUAGGUCACCAGCCGUGGCUAGUUUAAACUUUAGGCUAACUUAAAACUUUGCGUAAAAUUAAUUAACAGAAACUUUAGUUUAAGUUUUAGUUAGAUUUGAUAGACAAUUUUUAUUUCUAUUUAUUGGCUGGUGGGAGGCUACGGCUAGUUAUCGGCAAAGAUGUACCCUCAAGCGAAUUAGCGUUCCGGUACGAUAUUGUGUAGAAAACUUGUAAAGAAUUAUAAAAAAAGUAUUCCUUGUAUAGAAAGUCACGCAAGUGAUCCGAAUCGUACGGAUCGCACGAGUCUACCGUAAAAUUUUAAAAUCCAUUUGAUACGUACGAUGCGGAUACGUGGACGCCUACCAUAAAUCUUCAGUAGCUCUGCUAACCAGUAUUUGCAACACGGAAAAAUAGUUAUUGAUGUAGACUCUUAAGAUGGCGCUAGGAGUGACGUCACAGGAAUCUGAUAUGCAAGGCAAUGCUGCCUUCAAUUUCUCUAUGUUAUACUCCGCGCCACAAAAUAAGUCCCAUAGACGCGGCGCUAAUGUCUUAAUGGCGCCCAUUGCCAUUUGGUAAUGGCGGUCUUAUUGUCAUUUAUGUAAGGCGCUGUCAAUUUUAGUUCCGGUUUUAGCCGCGGGACUUCUUUAGUGGCGCGGACUCUACUUUAUUUAUAAUUAUUAUGUGUUUAGAUAGCAAAAUAUUGAUUAUACCAAGAACCUACUUAUAUUUUUAUUUUAAAUAGUGCGUUCAUUAUUUGGUGGCGAAAUUAUUUGUUUUCAUGUAGUUUUGUUAACAUGAAGGCACGUGCUGAGAUUUUAUCUUAUGUGGAAAUGCUGGUAUAAAAAUUAGUUUGUGUUAUUCAAAACUAUAAUCUACCUCAUUUUCAAGUUUCAUCCAGAUUUGUUCAGCCAUUUUGGAGAUAGGCAUGUAUAGUUUAACUAACUUUCACUAUUAAGUUAUAAAUAUUACUAUACAGGUUGUUUGGGAGUUAUUUUGCCCAUAACUCUAUGGUUAUAUUAUGUAACAAAAAUUAAUUCAAGAUAUUCAAGGAAUAUGAUUUCUAAAAUGAAUAUUUUUAGAGUAAAUAAUAUUUCUUUUGUAAAUAAAUCUUAAAAUGUGUCUUGUUAUAAGAAUGCGUAUAAGGAUACGCAUUCUUAUAACAAUGACGUCUUUAUAUUUUAAAAUGUAACGUUUUUUUAAUUCUUUACAAGUUAGCCCUUGAUUACAAUAUCGGUAGGGUGGUAACUAGUCACGGUCGAAGCCUCCACCAGCCAGACCUGGAUCAAGAAAACUUCAAUCAGCCCAGACGGGGAUCGAACCCCCGUCCGACUUCCGUCUUGUAAAUCCACUGCGCAUGCCACUGCGCCACGGAGGUUAGCUUUAGGUGUGUGUGUGUUACAUGGAUAGUCGGUAUUAUUUGAAUUACUUUGUACUGAAACAUAUUUUUUUAUAGUUAAUAAAAUAUUAGUUAUGCAGUUCGGUUCCGAUAUGCAAUGGUCUCAUGAAUACUUUGAAGUUAUGGGAAAUUCUCCCGAGCACCCUGUAUAUUUUCAGAAAAAAUAGGUUUCUUGCAAUAAAAAAAUCAGCCAUUACUGGGUUUUGAAUGGCAUUUAAACUAACUAGCCAAUCGGUAGCCAGUUCUGUCACUACUAGCGUCAUAUUAAGCCGGAUUUAUAUUUGUCUGACGUGUCGUGUCGCGACGCAUCAGAACAGAAUCGGUAUCAUACAUUUUGUAUGGUAACGUUUACACUUAUGUGUUGUGACAUGUCUUGAUGGCUUCUGAUCAAAUAAAAAAAUCAGCCAUUACUGUGUUUUGAAUGGCAUUUAAACUAACUAGCCAAUCGGUAGCCAGUUCUGUCACUACUAGCGUCGUCUUAAGCCGGAUUUAUAUUUGUCUGGCGUGUCGUGUUGUGACGCAUCAGAACAGAAUCGAUUUCAUACAUUUUGUAUGAUCAGAAGCCAUCACGACAUGUCACAACACAUAAGUGUAAACGUUACCAUACAAAAUGUAUGACACCGAUUCUGUUCUGAUGCGUCGCGACACGACACGUCAGAUAAAUGUAAAUCCGCCUUUACUUUUGUUUAUUAGUACAAGUCGUUUUACCUACACUGUACAGUUUGAACAUGUAAAUUUUUAUAUUAUAAAAACUAUUUAAAUAUAAAAUACUCGUUUAUUUAA